ACACCGAUAAAGAUCUUAAUUAGGUGUGUAAACACUGUCCUGCCACGUUUCUAAGAAGCUAAUAAGUAACAAACGAAUAUUAACCAAAAAUAAUGGCCGAAUACUCUGUAGAACGCAUAGAGGAUAAAAGGAUUGAGAAUGGUAAAACGGAAUACUACCUGAAAUGGAAGGGAUAUCCGCGCAGUGCAAACACUUGGGAGUCCAUGGAGGAUCUUCACUGUCCGGACUUGAUUGCCAGCUUUGAGAAGUCGCUGAUAAAGAACAAAAAGGAGUCCAUGCAGCGUCUAUCCUCCGCAUUGGGUUCACAUGGCUCCGCUUGCAGCAAACGCCAGAAGGUGCAGGAGGAGGAUGACGAAAAUCUAACAGGCUUUGAGCGCGGCUUGGAGCCCUCGAAGAUCCUGGGCGCCACCAACUCGUCCGGUCAACUGAUGUUCCUGAUGAAGUGGGUGGGCACUGGACACGCGGAUCUAGUGCUAGCCAAGCAGGCCAACGUAAUCUGUCCCCAGGUCGUCAUCCAGUUCUACGAGGAACACCUCUUAUUGUACAAUAGUGCCGAGGACUUGAAAGAUCAAAACUAAUGCGAUAGCAAAAGUGUAAACGCACAACAUUAAAUAUAAAAUGAUAAAACAUUGAUUCUUAAAUUUUAUGUUCCUCUUCCAAUGUUUCACUGUGGACUCAAAGCUAUCGAUAAGUGGCAGCGUUUAUCAGCGCUAUUCCAUAUUCUGCUUUAAAUUUUCCACAUUUUCUGGUUUCUUUAACUUCUGCUGACUGUUGAGCAUUUAAAAAUCGAA